AUGUGGAUGGUUGAACACUGCAGCUUGGGAGAGACUGAAAGUCAUGAGCGUGAAGGGUUUGCUGUCAACCCUGCUUCUGUCAAGGGGACAACAACCCUACAGACAUUGUUCACAAGUGUCGUUGAUCAGAAUGGCCUGUCCGCGAUUCACUUACUGACAUGGUCUGGACCAGAGGAUCCGCGCUUGAGAGUGGAGCUGGUGACUGAGUCAGGGACAUACUGGGCGGAAUACGACUAUUUCACUUUGUACGAUCCUGGCCGUAACUACUCACUUGGUGCGGGGGGCUACUCGGGUACCGCAGGAGAUGCGUUCUCAGGUAUUUACCCAGACCCGUUUCAAACCUACGACCGAAACAAGCACAGCUGUGUUACAUAUACUAAUGGCCCCUGGUGGUACAAGUCUGACUGUGCCAGCAACGCUAACCUCUUCAGCCCUGAUAAACUUUACAUGACCUGGGCUGACAUCGGCCGCGUGACGUUCUCGGAGAUGAAGAUAAAGCCAAACUAACACAGUUGUCUCCUGUACUCACUGCUUACACCGCCAGUCGACUGUUCACUGUUCACUACAGGUUCCACUGAUGAUGUGAGCUCAGUGUACAUUAAUCUUUUGCAAUAGUCUAGCAUCUCAACCUAGCGCAGACUACUAUACUUUAAUUGUUUAAUUUGAGUAUAUUGCCUGGUGAUUCUAUUAUACGCGUGUUGUAUUACUUCUUUCAGAUUUGCAUUUGCUCUGAUAAACUAACAUGUUUACAAACGUAAAGUCUAAGUUUAAUUAAUGAAUUUUGCAUUAAUUGUGUCUGGGUUGUAGUAAACGUGCCAUCAGCUGCCGCUAUACACUUGAUAGUUUAUAGUAAACGUGUCAUGAACAUUACUUCCCCUUUAAACUAAUGAUAAUGGUGGUUGAUACAUCACAUCUCUUACUUAAUUGUACAAACAAAUAAACUAUUUUAAUAUUUGCUCCACACUGAAGAGCUCUAACAGCAAGGCGCUAGCAAAAUGGCGACACACACCUGGUGACACACCUGUAUAUUCUCUGUGUACAACUUCCACUACAAACUUUCUGUUACAAUAUUGCAGUAAGAGCGAGGUUUCCAGCAGUUGUUGUUCUCCUCCUUCUACAGGGGGUUGAUGUAGAUUUGCUGGUGCAGCUUUAGUAACUGCUGUAAUUCGGCUUGUGUUCUGUUAAUAUUGCCAUUUGUUGUGCUUGUGUGCUAGUAUUUUACAUUAUUUUGUAUUUACUAAACUCUGGAGGGACUCUUGCCUGCACUGCCUCGCUGUGUUGUAUUCUAAAAUGUCACGUGACGCUUUGCUUAAUAAGUAUUUGUCCUAAACUGAA